GUGAAUAACAAAUUAUGAAACAUGUGAUAAUAAAUAUCAUGGUGCAAAUCUUUGAUUACCAUUUCUAGUGACAAUUAUCAUGAUCACAUUCAAAAGUCAAAAGAAUACCCAAAGAGUCAAACACUAGCAACACAAGGCCAUUAUUGUCUUUCCACAACCCCAAUGGAAAUGAAUAAACAAGCAAAAUACAUUUGUUCAGCUUUCGUUACCGACGUGGCUUUCUGAAGAGAAACUACAGACUACAUACACUGAGAAGGGUGAUUGAUACUUCCGAGGCGGAAAAAUCGUGAAUUAAUUAUUGCAGAAAGAAGAAAUUGGAUCGCCGGAGCAGCGCCGGAGCCUCCGUUAUAGUGGCUGAUGGCGCCGUUGAAACUCUUCGUGUUCACCGUACUUGUUUCCCUAAUUCUCGUCCACAUCGGAGUUGCCGCCGAUGACGGCGAAGUCAAAGUCACCGGUUCCGACGAUCCUGACUCAUCCAUCCUGGAGCAAUUCAAGUCGAAGAUCCAUACUCUCGAAUCUGAUAUUGAGAAGAAAACUCGAGAAAUAAAGGACAAAAAUGAAAUGAUUGCUGCGAAAGAGAAGCUAAUCAAAGAAAAGUCAGAUAGCAUCGUGUCAUUAGAGAGCGAAAUUUCUUCUCUACAAAGCAAGGGAAAAUUAGAUGCUGCAGAGCAAAUUGGAAAGGCACAUGCAAGAGCUGGCGAAUUGGAGAAGCAAGUGGAGAAGCUCAGAAAAGAAAUCGAUUUAAAAUUGAAGGAAAAGGAUCGAUUAGAAACCCGAACAACUGAAGCUGAAAAAAAGGCUUCUGUGUUAAAUUCUAAGUUUGAGAAUCUUCAAAAGAUUAUUGAUGACCAGAAAACAAAGAUACGUAAAACUCAACGUGCUCUUCAAAUUGCUGAGGAAGAACUGAUGAAGGCAAAGUUUGAAACAAUAUCCAAAGCCAAAGAGUUGAUGGAGGUCCAUGGUGCUUGGUUCCCGCACUGGCUUGUAGUUCACAUUGCUAACUAUCAGUCACUGUUAGAGGAGAACUGGAAAGUGCAUGGAAAACCUGCUCUAGAGACGGUAAUUCAAAAGGCUUCUGAAAAGAAGGCCCAAGCUGAAGAGUGGGCGGCACCACAUGUGGAAACAGUUAAAACUAAAUGGGUACCAGCAGCUAAGGAAAAGUGGAUAGUGAUAAUCACAAAUGUUAAACCGCAAAUCCAUACGUUAAAGACAAAAACUGUCGAGAUAUACGGAGUUUCAAAGGACGCCAUGACUCCUCACAUCAUCAAAGUGCAGGAACUUGCAGAUCCUUAUUUUCAGAAAUUGAAGAAAAUCAGCAAACCAUAUAUCGAUCAGGCCGCCACUGCUGCAAAACCUCAUACUGACAAAUUAUGUACUGCUUUGAAGCCCCAUACUGAUAAAGCCGUCCAUGCUUACGGAAUAUUCCUCAAAUCAGCAAAAGUAUAUCAUCAUAAGAUUCAAGACAGAGUUGAGGAGAAACUGAAGAGUCAUGAGCUGACAGAAGCUCUUGCUACGAAAGAGCUGGUUUGGUUUUCUGCCUCUGCGGUGCUGGCUUUACCGUUAUUUUUUCUGUUGAAAAUAUGCUCAGCCGUUUUCGGCAAAAAGACAAAAAAGCCCAUCCAAAAUGGUAAUUCAAACAAUCCUCGUCGCAAAGGAAAGCGUGUCCACUCAGACAAGUAAAGCCAGUCAAAGCACCCCCACUGUUUGUUUAAUUUAACACAAGGUUUAGUGGGGCCCGCCUCCUAGGACUCGACUUAAAGACCUCCCUGUAUGCUAGAACAGAGUAUUGGGGGAUACAUUGCAGUUUUAAGAAUGUUUUCGACGUGUAAUUCAUAAUUAUGUAGAUCAGGCAUUUUCUGUAUCAUGGCACUCGAUAUCUAUGUCAUUCAGGUGUUCGGGUUUUUUUUUUUUUUUUUUUAAUUAUCCUGUUAUGUCUAUUCGAAAACUGUCUUUCACCACGGUUUAAACUAUUCGAACAUGCUGCGAAGUGUAAUAUUUGUUUUUGUUUGGCAGGACUUUUUUUUAGUAGAUUCCUUCCUUUUGAUUGA